GCCAGGCGCCCGCGAGGCACAGGAACUUGGUACGCAUGAUGACUGAUGCGCAGGAAGAAAUAAAGAAAAUAUAGAUGAAUCUGUAAAGAGUGACGGUUUGCCAAGAUAGCAGUCGGUCAAAUGGAAAGAUUCAUGAGGAGAACGGAACAGAACAGGAGAGACUAAAUGACUAGGGGGGGGAUGGCGGGGGCAUCUGCAGAUAUGGCGUGUAGAUAAGUAUGAAUAUCACGAGCACUGCAGUCGUACUAGUAGUAGGAAGAAGAUAGCAUGUAUGAUGGCACGGGAACCUAAUAGGCAGCCAGGUUUCAGUCGAUCCCGUUCAAAGAGAGGGAAUCCGCGGAGACCGAUGCAGCAGUACACGCGCCCUAUAAGGCUGACCACGCAAUCCCGCCCGUCAUCUUCCCUCCACCCCCCACCACCACCAGGCAGACUCAGACUCAAGGAUGGACAUGUUUUCUAUUUUUUUUCCCAUGCAAUGAGUGUCCACUCGUCAAUGGCUGGCCCCCUUUUUCAUUCGGCUUCUAGCCCGUGUCUUAACUUGUCUACGCCACACAAGCUUUUUCCUACCAGACCCUCUCUGUUGGCUGUAGCGCCAAGAACACUCUGCUUAAUCGAGGUCAAGGUAGCGAGCAGUUUCUCCCCACUUGAUUGGUGGGCAAUGGGACUCACUGCCUUUCACACCGUGUUGCUUCUUUGGGUUGGCCAACGUCAGCUUCCUCCGAGGGCAGACAGGAUGAUCGGCAUCGUCUACGGUUAUUUUGUGCUUAACUUGUGUGGGUGGGUGUGUGGGUAUGCGUGUGCUUCUUGAUGAUCCCCAGAAUGCAAUGCAAUUCUUGAAACUCUUCAUCUCGGCUAUAUAUAUUCUCAUUAUACCUGGUGUUUCAUCCUGACACGUGUUUACCCUCAUA